AACACCAAGCGAAAACGAGAGAGCAAUAGGGUCCUGCUGUAGAUAAUUCACGAGCAGCACCACAAAUCACAAAGUUUGACACAGAUUUUUAUCUAGGGCUACUUCUUCGGCACAGGACUAAACGAUGAUGAAAUGAAGGCUUCCUGUCGCACAUCUUUCCCCUUUUGGCAGUGGGGCUGCCGACCACGGUGUUUAUUUCUUUUCGCAGUUUUUAGUUUUUACGACCCGAAGACCACUCACGUAGCGGCGCUGCGAAGAGCCUCUACCACGACUUUGCAGUUCGAGUGGCAGACGGGAAAACAGAAGAAUUACGUCGACAGAAAGAGUAACAUAGGUGCAGCAAAGACCACAACAGGAAAUCGAAAUCACGCGAAAGAAAAGGAACGUGAAGCAGUAGAUCACGAUAGCACGACAUCGGCGAAACGAACAACGAAUGUCAAGGGAAAGCAUAAAGAUAACAAGUUUCUGAAGCUGCAGCACUCGACGACUGGUGACGAGGACACGACCCAUGAUGCACAAGCGCUGGGUCCGCUUCCAGAGCCAGAAAAUGGAGAAGAAUUUUUACCUCCCAGCGUCGUUCAGGACGAGAACGAGGUCUUCAAUUACUCGGUCGAAGAACAGCGGGAGGCUGUCCGGAGGUACUUCGAGACAGAGGACCGGAAGAAGAAACUAUCACAGGACCACGUCGAAAUGCUAGCGGAAAAGGGAAGAGAGCUGAUCGAAACGGAGGAAGAUGCAGCAGCAGUAGCCUCUUCGGGGAAGAAACUACACCAGCAUGGGAAGAAGAAGAAGCAAAAGCAGAAACAGAAGAUGGUUUUGGUCACCAAGACAUUGCAGUUCGGGAUUUUUGACGGGUUUUUUGACUUUUUCAACUUCAUCGGAAACAUGCUCGGGCUCGGUUAUGCGUUGCAAAUGCAUCGUUAUCGUGUCAGUUGUAGAACUAGAACUAGCAUUGCAAAUCUUUCCAGAAGGAAGAGCGGAAUUUGCAAUGCUGCAUUGGCUAUAAACCAGAUUUGUCAUUCUGUAAUAUAAAGAAAAAUACCAGAAGAUUUCUUUGUCAUGCUGUACUGCAAUUAGUACGAUACUUUUGCAAUGCAUGUCACCCCCGAGGAAACAACCUCGCUGCCAACUAACAACACCGACAGCAACGAAACAGCAACAGCGAACGAGACAGCAACAGCGAACGAGACAGCAACAACGAACGAGACAGCAACAACGAACGAGACAGCAACAACUACAAACGAGACAGUAUCGUACGAAAAAAGGGUAGUUUCGCUGUAGAGAUUUUGUAAGUUUUGCAUCACGAGUUUGAUCUACAUGAAGACAGAGAAAAUUUGCCCCUUGGAUGGGCAGCUCCUAAGGCAAAACACAUCUAAAAAUUCAUUGUCUUGCAUGUGUAGCUGCAAGACAAACACUUCUGAGAUACUUUUUCUACAUAAUUACAACAAGGCUACAGUGGAACUACUUUUUUUCUUUCGAUAGACAGCUGACACGAACUCGAGCGGCCUGUUUCGGAGAGGAGCCGAAGACUUGGAAGGAGGAGAUACAGGGGGAUCAUUCCAGGCCGAUGAACUAGAAGCGUUUGAAGACGAGGAUAAUAUGCCCCUGGUGGAUCAGGACGACGGGGGUGCUGCAGAUGAAACGCUUCACUUUGCAGUGGCUGUCCACGACAAAAAUGCGGAUCCUAAAAAACCUGACGAAGAUUCUCUUGCUUCGGACAACGACGAUGAAUUUCUCGGUCUUAGAAAAAAGAACGCAGCGGGGAAAACAGUGUCGGAAAGAGGAGAGGAAAAAGAAGAAGCGAAAGCUACUUCCAAAAAGUUCUCCACCGAAAUUGCAUCCCAAACGGAAAAGGCGAAAGUUUCCGUUGCAGGGAAAACAGCGACCGCGAAGUUCGAUAUUGCGCCGGAUGAGACUGAGGGGAAGAAAUUGCAGGUAGAAGUAGUAAAGGGAAAGGAAGAGGAAGGGGUUACUGCGCCUUCUGGUCCUGCGGCCGGAACUGGGGCGGCGAGCGGACCAUCAAGCAGCACUGUUAAUGAGAAGCCACUCGUAGCAACCUCCAAGCCUGAUGACGCUGCAGAGCCUGCACAAGAAGAAGUAGAGGAGGAGGAUAGCACAACAGUGGAUCAGGUCGAAACCCUUUCCGGCGAAGAUAUCGAAGAGCCGCUACCGGUGGCGACACUGACGAGGAAGAAAUCGUCUUCCACGGCCGCGGAACAUCAUGCUGUCCUUGACGCUGGGUGGUCCGAGAAAGAGGUUGCAGAAAUGAAGGAACAAGUGCAGGAAGAGUUGAAGGAAGAGAUGAAAGACGAGCUGAAAGAAGCGUUGAAAAAGGAGAUAACAGAGGACUUGAAGCAAGAACUCAAAGCGGAACUUUCAUCUUCGAAUAAACCGGAAAUGUUGAAGGGGGCGAAGAAUAAAGUAGACAACGAAGAAAACGAUCACUUUUCCGCGGUGUCGGCGAAGAGACUCGUGCGGAAGGAGGACGAGCAGCUUCACCAUCAACAGAGGAAGGUGGAAGUAGAGAAAAAGAAGACCACAGCUACAUCCUCUACUGCGUCGGAAGCAAAAACAUCAGUGUUGAAAGACAAGAAAAGCAUCGCGAGCAAAAACACCAGUCCGUCUGGCUGGGUUUCGUUGCCCAAGAAUCUAGCGAAGGAGAUGAAGCAGGAAGGAAAAGAGAAGAAAAGCGCCGCGGUUGCAUCUUCUUCUACUGCACCAAAAACUACGGUUUUCAAUGCGAAAAGUAGUAGCGCUACUUCCGCUUCAGCUUUAAAGGAAAAGACGUCCUGCAAAUACUGCGAGGGGGAUAAUUGUGUGAACCUUUCUUGCACAAGCACAUCAUCUACUUCAACCAGCGAUAAAACAAAAGCCAGUGCGCCGGCAGCUUCCUCAAAAGGUAAAAAAACCGAUGCUGCCAGCAGCAGCAGCUCCGCGACAACUUCUACGGUGGCAAGAACUUCUUUUACAAGUGGUACUUCAGGCCUUUACUGUGAGGGUGACAAUUGUGUGAGGGUGAGUAAAAACGGUAGCAAUGAAAAAGAAGCACCGGCUGAGGAAGUAGUAGAUCAAGAUCUUCCUUCUUCAGCUUCAGCAGGAGCAGAAACAGAACUGGAAGAGAGAAAGAAGAAAACUGCGCCAGAGCAUACCGAUGCAACGACAGCAAGCGACGAUGCCGCAGAACAAGCUCCUGCACAACCGUCGAAAGAGCGUCUGUACUGCGAGGGUGACAAUUGUGUGCACAUCCAGUUGCCAACCGACACAGCGCCGCCUGCAGCAUUAGAAGAGAAGAAAAAGACCACCAGCACAAGUACAUCAUGGACCAGCGUGCCUGAAAAAUUAGCUUCUGAAGAGGACGGGGACGCCACAUCAUCCGAUGGUGUUAGCACAGCACCUGAUAGUAGUUCCUCUCACGAACAAGUUACAAAACUCUAUUGCGAGGGUGACAGCUGUGUGCACAUUCGACCACCAUCAAGUGAAGACACAACUGGUGAAGAACCGAAAAAUGCAGCGCCAGCAGCGCUGGAAAAGAGGAAGGAAAGCAAAGGCGGGUGGGUCUCCGUCCCGGCCGGAUUGAAGGGGGCAGAGACGGAAGAUGAAGUCAGCAGCAAAUCAUCGGUGGAUAGCGAAGUUACUGCGACGUCAUCAUCGUCCUCUUCGUCCGACGAAGGAGCUACGAAACUUUACUGCGAAGGCGAUAACUGUGUGCAGCUUGGGAAACCAACUCCUGCUGCUAGUGAAGAUGUUGACUCCUCCUCCGCAGCUGCGCCAGCGGCGUUGGAAGAAAAAAAGAAGAAAUCUGUCGAUCUCGAUUCUACUACGAGUACUAGCAGCUCCAAGACAUCGGCCCCCGUUGAAAUCGAUGUCGCUGCUGCGUCCGCGGACUACGCUUCUUCAUCCUCUUCCCAGGGUGGCAAGCUCUACUGUGAGGGCGACAACUGCGUGCACCUGCUUGUUCCGGCAGGUCGUGGAGAAAGUAGCACUUCAUCUGCGGCGAAACCAAGACCAAAAUCAACUGGCACGCCGGCGCUCGAGGAGAGAAAGAAGAAAUCAGUUGCGCAGGAGCAUGAUUCUUUCGAAAAAGCAAGCCCGUGUCCUCGGAAGUUGUACUGUGAAGGAGACAACUGUGUACACGUGAACAUUUGUGAUGGGGAAAAAGAAGAAGAAGAAUCGCCGGAAGAAGCAGUGGUAGAUGCAACUCCAGCGUUGGAACAGAAGAAGAAGAUGACUGUUGACAAUACCAGUGAAGAUAAGGAACCUACUGUCAGUGAUGUAGCACCAUCAACAAAACCAGAAGCCGCGGAAACAAGUCCAAGUGCGACAUUACACAAAAAAGCAGGCUGCAAGAUGUACUGCGACGGUGACAAUUGUGUGCACCUCUGUCACGAUGCUGAGGCAGCAGCAACUACACCCGCUGCUCGUGUUCCCGCUACAACCUCUACGAAGCAGGAAGCGCAUGUAGAAAAAGACGAAACUCCUGCAGCGGUUGAUUCCCCGGCAGCGCUGGAAGAGAGGAAGAAGAAGGUAAAUUCCAAAGCCGGUUGCAAACUGUACUGCGAGGGGGACAACUGCGUACACUUAUGUGCUGAAGACACACACCAGCUACACAGUUCCGAAACCGCUCUGGAACAAAGGAAAAAGAAGGAUUUGCUAGCCAAGAACAGCGAGGAUGACACGGCAGCCAUGGAUGAGAAGAAGAAGGAGCUGGUUGCGAACACAGCAGCAUACGCGGAGAAAAUGACAUCAAAACUAGUAGACAAGAGCAAGGUUGAAACAGCCAAGGCUGCAAAUAACCAGGCGGGUGCAGAGACCACGAGGAACACCGGAUGCAAAAAGUAUUGCGAGGGCGACAACUGCGUGAACCUCUGCGGAACUACCGGUAGUGCAGCAUCAGAAACCUCCACCAAUAGCGCAGCAAAAACCACCGCAGAAGAAGGGGUAGUAACUGCGAGUCCGGAUAGCAGUACGUCGACCAGCGUCGAGAAGACGCCAUGCAAAAAGUACUGCGAAAAUGAAACUUGUGUCGACAUCUGCGGCGAAGCGGUGCACAGCCACCUGGAAAAAACCGCGUCGCGGGCUGAUGCAGUGCAAGAAAUGAGGUCGGCGCUGCAGAAAAAAACGGGAGUACUAGUUACAAAAACUGCUAAGAACAACGAGGAGAAAAGCACGGGGGAACAAAAAGUAAAGAAACCGGAGAGCGCGUCGUCAAAGGCCACUAGUAAAAGUAGUAGAAUAUUGAAAGCCCCGAACCCGCACAAGAAGGCCGGCGCCUGGAAGUCUCUGCCGAAAAAGUUACAAGAGAAGUUUUUCGCGCAGGAGAAGACAAGCUAUGCUGUGCAAAAGUAUCGUACUCGUAUAAAUGCAGGUCUUGCAUUACAAAUUUCUUUGUCAAGGCAAAUCAGCAUUACAAAUUUCAUUUCUCAUGCUGAGAAAAUUUGUAAUGCAUUUACACGAGUACGAUACAUUUGCAGUUCAUACAAGCGAAGAGAAAGCGAAAGCGUUCUUGAUGCUGCAAAUGAAAAAGGCGACUGCGAUCGCCGCGAGGAACGAGAACGGUGGGGCGUAGUAGUGCUGGGGUGAAAAUAAAUUGACUAAAAGAAAUCGUAGCGGGUCAGAUGCUCAGUUUUUUCACUUCAACAUUUCAGAAGAAGACAAAGAACACGGAAACCAGGACACCUCUCUACUUUCAGCAGAGCGGUUUUACAGUAGUUCUCGUUUUCAAAUCUAGCGAAGUAGACAACGUGCAAGUCUCAGGUAGAGAUCAAAAAUCACAAACCUAGAGCAGUAGAAAACAAUUGCAACUUCUAUAACCUAGCACAGUCAAUAUUUUUACGAAUUGCGUACUCAGUUUUGAAUUUUAGCUUUUUUACAACCAAGAAUUUCAAUACAAAGUAAGAUGGCCCUUCAUCUCGGCGGAGGACGCAGAUAGUUUCUCAAGGAAUACAGAGCAAAAAGCGUGAUGCUCGUUUCAAAGAAAAAAAUGACAUAGUGCAUCGAGCCUGUUGUAGCGCAACACAUUAGAAACUGCAACUGUACAACAUACGACGACGCUGUUAUCAUGUCAGAAUCGCAAAUGAACUUCGUAUACUUGUUGAGAAGAAAAAGGAGUUCAAGUGGAAAACACCAGAAACUCAAACUUCAUCUUGAACGAUAAAGUACACCUGGCCAACAU